AUGUUCUCAUGGGUCCAAAAACGUGGCACUUCUGAGCACAGGGCCGGGCUAGAGACCCCACUGCAGGGCCCCGAGCAACGCUACUGGUUUGUGUGGGACCCGCUGGGCAUCGUAUGCGCCACUGCCACAUGGACGCUAAUGCUGAGUGCUGCGUGGAUACUGACCCGGGACCUGUUCAUACCAUCUAAGAACGUAUUCUACGCCAUAGCCAACGGUGUGGUCUUCCAUCUGCUGGCCUCCCUGGUGCUCGUGUCGCACCUACGAACUAUGCUAACUGACCCAGGCUCUGUGCCCCUGGGAAACCCACCCGGGCCUAACACCGUGUCCUACUGUCCCCUCUGCCUAAGUGCCGUACCAGAGAGGGCUUACCACUGCAUAGUGUGCGGACGCUGCAUUCGCAAGAAUGACCACCACUGCCCCUGGGUCAACAACUGUGUGGGUGAGGACAACCAGAAAUACUUUUUGCUCUUCACUCUGUACACUGGGCUUAUCUCAGUCCACGUGCUGCUCCUGCUGGGCAUCCCUUUCCUGCGCAGCCCCGCCUGGCGCGAGUGGAAUGCCGGCAGCACCGCGUCGCCACCUAGCCCCAUCCUCUUCCUCUUCCUAGUGGCCUUAAUGGGCUUCCUCUUUGCUUUGGUGAUGCUCUGCAGCCAGAUGUGCUCCAUCUGCACAGACAAAAACACAACUGAGAUGCUGUACCAGAACAAGCGUUCACAGGGAAGAUGGUCCGUGUGGGCAAACGUGAAGGCCAUUUGCGGCCCCCGAGUUUCCCUAGCCUGGCUCAGUCCUUUUCAUUCCCCGGGACGCCCCAAAGCGAGUGAGCACCACGAUAUGGCCUAA